AUGGAGUAUAAUGGAGAACUAAAUGGGGAGACUAAGGCUUUUAGUGCAGAAUUGGAGAGCCUGAUACAGGGUGAUCUAGGCAUUAACAUGGUGUUCAUCUUGUCAGAAAAAUUCAGGGCAGCAGAAGGACAAGAAAACACUCUGGAGGGCGACGUGUUCUCCCAGGAAAAUUUUGAAUGCAGACUGGCAGAGGUAGAUGAGGCACCAGAACAGCAAACACCUACUACCAAAACAGGCGGAACUGCCAUGAAACUAGCUGUAGAACAGCUUUGUUUUUCCAAGCCAACCAAAGAGAUGGCUAAUCACCUCAGACCUUUGUUCAUAACAGCAAACGUUGACCUAUUCCUAAAGUGA